CCUCUUUCCGCGCAUGCGCUCUUCGCGAUAAGUCUGCAAUUUGGCGGGAAAAGGUUCGCUAUCUGGCGGUCUUGCCGUGUUUUCGCCGUGCUGGUUGUUGUGUGGCUGGACCUUUAACUUUACUGGAUACUUCUCGUGAGAUUUGAUCACCAUGGAUGUUGCCGAUCUCCGCACGGGACCGGUGCACGUGAAGGAUGACAUCGGUGAUCGGUGCCAGAAGUUGUUUCAAGACUUCCUCGAAGAGUGUCAAAACAACAAGAAUGAGCCGAAGUACGUGGACGACGCCAAGAACCUGGUGAAGCCCGAGCGGAACACUCUCGAAGUGAGUUUCGCGGACAUCGAGCGCUUCAACCAAAACUUGGCGACUGUCAUCCAAGAGGAGUAUUACCGGGUAUACCCGUACUUGUGUAGAGCUCUUCGGAACUUCGUCAAGGACAGAGCCGAAGUGAACGUCGACAAGGAGUACUACGUGAGCCUGACUGACGUGGCUACGCGGCACAAGGUGCGUGAGCUGACGACGGCCAAGGUGGGCUCUCUGCUUAAGAUCAGCGGCCAGGUGGUGAGGACGCACCCUGUGCACCCGGAGCUGGUGACCGGCACCUUCACCUGCCUUGACUGCCAGACGGUCGUCGGGGGCAUCGAGCAGCAGUUCAAGUACACCCAGCCGACCAUCUGCAGGAACCCCGUGUGCAACAACCGGACCCGGUUCCUCCUGGACACCAACCGGUCGACCUUCGUGGACUUCCAGAAGGUGCGGAUCCAGGAGACGCAGGCCGAGCUGCCCCGGGGAAACAUCCCCCGCAGUGUGGAGGUGGUGGUGAGGGCAGAGGCUGUGGAGGUGGCCCAAGCCGGGGACCGCUGCGACUUCACGGGCACCCUCAUCGUGGUCCCCGACGUCGGACAGAUGGCCACCCCAGGCCUGCGGACAGAGAGCAGCUCCCACCACAAGGGGGGCAUGGAGGGCUUUGAGACGGAAGGUGUCCGGGGCCUCAAGAACCUUGGUGUUCGGGAAAUGGCCCACCGGCUGGCCUUCCUGGCCUGCACCGUGGAGCAGACCACCCCCAGGCUGGGAGGCAAGGCAGCCGCCGCGGAGGAGCUGAGCCCGGAGAUGAUGAAGAAGCAGCUGACGCCGCAGCAGUGGGACCGCAUCUACUCCAUGAGCCAGGACAAGAACCUGUACCAGAACCUCAUCUCGAGCCUGUUUCCCACCAUCCACGGCAACGACGAGAUCAAGCGGGGCAUCCUGAUCAUGCUGUUUGGAGGGGUGCCCAAGAAGACCGUGGAGGGUACCACCCUCCGGGGGGACAUCAACGUCUGCGUGGUGGGGGACCCCAGCACUGCCAAGAGCCAGUUCCUCAAGCAGGUGUCAGAGUUUGCGCCCCGGGCGGUGUACACGAGCGGCAAGGCGUCGAGCGCGGCCGGUCUGACGGCGGCUGUGGUGCGCGAUGAGGAGUCACACGAGUUCGUCAUCGAGGCCGGGGCCCUCAUGCUGGCAGACAAUGGCGUCUGCUGCAUUGACGAGUUUGACAAGAUGGAACUCAAAGACCAGGUGGCCAUCCACGAGGCCAUGGAGCAGCAGACCAUCUCCAUCACCAAGGCCGGCGUCAAGGCGACGCUGAAUGCGAGGACGUCCAUUUUGGCUGCGGCCAAUCCCGUCGGAGGACGCUACGACCGCACCAAGUCCCUGAAACAGAACAUCGCCCUGUCGCCUCCCAUCAUGUCCCGCUUCGACCUCUUCUUCAUCCUGGUCGACGAGUGCAACGAGGUGACGGACUACGCCAUUGCGAGGCGGAUCAUCGACCUGCACUGCCACAACGAGGACAACCUGGAGAAGUUCUACAGCCACGAAGACAUCCAGCGCUACAUCCAGUUUGCACGCAUGUUCAAACCAAAGCUGAGCCGUGAGGCCAAGGAGUACCUGGUGGAGCAGUACCGCCACCUGCGGCAAAGGGACUGUGGCGGCAUCUCCAAGUCCUCUUGGCGGAUCACCGUGCGCCAGCUCGAGAGCAUGAUCCGCCUCUCGGAAGGCAUCGCGCGGAUGCACUGCAGCGACCAGGUGCUGCCGAAGCACGUGAAGGAAGCCUACCGCCUGCUGAACAAGUCCAUCAUCCGGGUGGAGCAGCCGGACAUCAACCUGUACGAGGAGGAAGAGGAAGGGGAAGCCAUGGAGCUGGACCCCGCAGCGGAGACACCCAACGGAGUAGACGACGCCGCCGUGAGUCGCGAGGUCGACGCCGCGGGCUCCACGGCCCCCGAGAAAGAGAAAAAGACGGAGGCACGCGGGGCCCUGACACUCUCCUACGAGGAAUACAAGAAGGUGGCUAACUUGCUCGUGCUGCACCUGCUCAAGGAGGAGGCCCGCAGCGAAGAAGCGGGCUCCGAGGGCACGCGGAGGAUGUCCUUGGUCAAUUGGUACCUGAAGGAGGUGGAGAGCGAGAUUGACUCGGAGGAAGAGCUUGUGCAGCGAAAGACCCUGGUGGAGAAGGUCAUCGACCGGCUCGUCGGCCACGACCAUGUCAUCAUCGCCCUGUCCACGAGCGGUCUGAAAGGGAGCGACCAGGAGGUGGAGCAAGACCCCAUCUUGGUGGUGCACCCAAACUUUGUGCCAGAGCUCUCCUGAACUCUUCAAAGAUGAUCCUUUGUAAAAAGUGUAAAUCGUGUUCUUAUGCUUGUGCCUUGCAUUUCUGUUUUUUUUAUAUCUCACUUAAUAGCCUGUUUUUUACUUUGCCAUGGCACUGGAGGUUAAACCUUCAUUACUGUUACUGCACUCCAGGUCUAAUUCAAUAAUAAAAGAGUUGGUCAAAUACAUAUGCACUAUGUCUUGCUCUGUUUGAUCAAGGCAAUCAGA